GCCUUGAAGCAGGCGGCAAAGACGCUGGGCCGCCUGCCCUUCGUCGUCUUGGAGAUACCCCAGCAAGUGAGUAAUAUGAAAGUUCUCGCCAGUUGCUCUGGCCUCGCUAAGAUGUUGGGCUACGACGCCGAAUUGGCGAAGGUGGUGGUUUUGGCGAGCAGUGCCUCCAUGGCACUGAGCUUUGACGCGGAUGCGCGCGAAGUUCGGUGCCAGAUCGCAUCGCUGAGUGAGGAAGAGUGCAAGCAGCAGGAGGCGCAGCCCCUUUGCCGAGUCCGGGAGUUCCUCCAGCACCACGGGGGAGAUGCCGCUGUGGAGCACAAGGCCGAGCUGCUGCACCUCACGGGCGGCAAUGUGGGCAAGCUGGAGGAGCUCGCCAAGAACCUGAAAGCGCAGACCUUCGAGCAGGUCCGGCAGGAAGCCAUCGGCGAGCAGGUGAUGGAGAUCAAGCACUUCUUCGGCAUCGAUGUGCAGGGCGGCUUUGGCCCAAAAGAGCUCAAGGCUGCCAAGGAGGUGGCCCGGCGCGUGGCGGACGCCCCAUUUCAGCAGUGCGUGAGGGCCGAGGACUUUGCAGACCGUUUCACCAGCAAGGAUUUGGCGCAGGUAGUGAAGGCACGAGGUGCCCACUGCAUCUACGUCAAGGCCACCACUAAGGCCGAUGAGCGGUUUUGUGCAGCGUCGCCAUCCGUGCACGCUCUGCUCAAGCCCAAACGCUGGGGAAUCUUCUGA